CAAGUUGAUGAAGCUGCCCCUGUCAUGCGACCGGGAAACUGUUGAUCCUGAUGGUGCGGAAUGGUACGUCUAUGGCCAGUGUAAGCUGCGGGUAAUACUUCGUUAUUCCCCAGCGUCACUUUUCCCAGGUCUUCUGCGAACCUGAGAUUGCUGAACCAAGAGACCUGUCUACGCGUGCGAACACUCCGGAAGAAUUAAUUGCAGCCUCCCACGCAACGAACAGCUCAUCCAGCAACAAGUGGAAAAGCAUCAAUGCGAACUCGGGCAAAGUGCCGCCUAAUGGGUAAUGGGAGGUGCUACGCAUUCCUAUUAAGGAAACAUUUAGCACCAGCAACAUCUGACAAGGUUGGUCUCCCAGUUGGCAGUGGGACCACCAUCGCCGUAACAAGGAUCGAAUAGUCCACGAAGGCGCCGCACGUCUAGACAACGUGUUUGGAUCCCCGAAAAUGAUUGCAGUGACCACACACGCCUGGAAGUGUCAACAUCCGUGGCAAGUAUACUACCUCUUGUGCUUGCUUCAUACAAAUUGUGCUUAUUCUCAAUACCCAGGUAAAAUUUGUCUGAACUUACCACCAUCUCUCUCUUCGCGCCUUAUAUAUUCUUUUAAGCAGUCAUUCACGUUCCAGGUAUUGUCAUCCCGAAUUGUCUUUCACGAAAGACGGCAUUUCAGACAUGGCUCCGUCAGCGAUUCCUAUGGAUCCUCAACCGACACAUUCUCACACCGUCAACGGCCUAGCCAAGGAGGGCAUGUUCAAAGCAGGAAAACUCACAGAAGGCGUCUCUAGGAGAACGUCUGAGCAGGACCUCGUUCUAAGAACAUUCAGACUCUUGAUAGCCGACUUAUGCCAACAAUUCAAAGGAGGUCAUCCAGGUGGCGCCAUGGGGAUGGCAGCAAUCGAUAUUGCUCUUUGGAAAUACAUGAUGCGCUACGCACCACAUACCCCAGACUUCCUGAAUCGCGAUAGAUUCGUCUUGUCAAACGGGCACACCUGUCUCUUUCAAUAUACGUUCCUGGAUCUCACCGGGUAUAAGGCUAUGACGUUUGACCAACUCAAAAGCUACCACUCCUCCCGGGUGGAUGCCCUUUGUCCUGGUCAUCCAGAGAUUGAAUAUGAGGGCAUUGAGGUUACGACAGGGCCACUUGGACAAGGCAUCGCCAAUGCUGUUGGCCUGGCUAUGGCGUCCAAACAUCUCGCGUCGAAAUUCAACAAGCCAGGCUUCGAUAUUGUUUCAGACCACAUCUGGUGUAUGGUUGGGGAUGCAUGUCUUCAGGAGGGUGUCGGACUGGAGGCCAUCUCAUUUGCCAGGCAUUUACGCUUCAACAACAUGACUGUGAUAUACGACAAUAAUCAAAUCACCUGCGUCGGCCUAGUGAGUCUGACAAACACCGAAGAUGUUGAUAUGAAAAUGAAAGCAUGCGGGUGGAAUGUCAUCAAUAUCGAAGACGGCUGCUUCGAUGUCGAAGGGAUUGCGGCCUGCUACAGGCGGUCUUCUGGUGCUACGCGCGAAUGGACCUUUGUGACGCGAUCAUUGCGGAUGGCACCGAGAGUACUGUUCGGACGGUCAAAAAAUGGGCACUCCUUGGUGCUGAAGGCGCGUUGCACGAGACUGAUGCAGCCCAGCAGCAAGCCAUCGGAGAGGAGUUUCUCAAGCGAGGCCACCAGAUACCAGACAUGUACGCCAACUACGCGGUGUACCUUUGUGCAAGAGUUAGUGAUCUUCUGGCGCGUCGCACAAGGCACAUUGAAUUGGGAGAGGACAACGGCUGCGAUAGCAAUGCUUUUGGGCACUAGUGGACUCGACUCUGGGACGAAUUGCAGGAGUGGCUGUCAUGCCGACCGACGGAAAUGACUCCCGUCAAGUCGAGCACCAACAGCAAUGCCUCGCGCUUCCAGAGCAUCUUCUUUGCCCACUGGGCCACCAUCUCCAGCAAUCAGCUUUACCACACCGCCUGCAUUUUGAUGCUUGAGAUGAAGGACAUCGACACCACGUCCGCUCGUUCUGAUGAACUGUACUCAACGCUUUGGUAUGUGUGCAGAGUAGUAGGCAUCUCUCUUACCAAUCCGCACCCCGGGUGUAUCAACAACGCUAUUCAACCACUUUUUGUGGCCGGGAAACUGUUCACGCACCGCGAGGAGCAGAGGAUCAUUGUCAAGCUGAUUGACUCAAUCGAGGCACGCACUGGCUGGGGCUCGAGAUGGCGCAUCAAGGAUUUAGAAGCCGCUUGGGGCUAUCGCCGCGGUACAUUUACUCGAUAGGGAGUUUAAUGGACGGCUGAGCUGGGUUCACGACUGCUCAUGAUCGACGAACAUCCCAGGAAACGUCCAAUGGUAGUCGCCCAGGACCAUUCAAGCCGCACAGAUAGAUCCGAACGCCUCAGUCUAUUACACGCAGCCUGAACAUUUCAGUAUCUCGCUAUACAAUGAUCUGAGGGAAGGCGUAGGAGAGAUGUAGAACAAAACGAGACCGUCACGACCGUCAAGGCGACAGGGAGACGAGGAAGGUGGUUCUUUAAAGCAGCACCACUUCGAU